ACUCUUUUUGGUGGAGAUGCAAAUAUAUUCACCAGAUAUGUGUUUUUGCAAGGCUCAAAUGUGCUGCAGAAUGAUGAGUUUACCAGAGAUCUGUUCCGGUUCUUACAACUUCUCUGUGAGGGCCACAAUGGAGAUUUCCUGAACUUCCUGAGAACCCAAACAGGAAACACAACAACGGUCAACAUCAUCAUCAGCACUGUUGACUACCUGUUGUGUCUGCAGGAAUCUAUCAGUGAUUUCUACUGGUACUACUCUGGAAAAGAUGUAAUUGAUGAAACUGGGAAACUUAACUUCUCCAAGGCGUUAUCUGUUGCCAAGCAGAUAUUCAACUCGCUGACUGAGUACAUUCAGGGGCCUUGCAUUGGAAACCAGCAGAGUUUAGCUCAUAGCAAACUGUGGGAUGCGGUUGUGGGCUUCUUGCAUGUGUUUGCAAACAUGCAGAUGAAGCUAUCACAGGAUGCCAGUCAAAUUGAGUUGCUAAAGGAGCUGACGGACUUACAGAAGGACAUGGUGGUCAUGUUAUUGUCUCUACUGGAGGGUAACGUUGUGAAUGGAACAAUUGUAAAGCAAAUGGUCGACACGCUGGUGGAGUCAUCCAGCAAUGUGGAGAUGAUCCUCAAGUUCUUUGACAUGUUCCUCAAGCUAAAGGAUCUCACAACAUCUGACAACUUCAAGAAGUAUGACCCAGAGUGUAAGGGCAUUAUUUCUAAGAAGGAGUUCCAGAAGUCGAUGGAGAGCCAGAAACAGUACAGCCAGUCGGAGAUCGAGUUCCUGCUCUCGUGUGCAGAAGCCGAUGAGAACGACAUGUGCAACUACAAAGAGUUUGUGGAGCGAUUCCACGAGCCAGCCAAAGACAUCGGCUUCAACGUGGCAGUGCUGCUCACCAACCUGUCUGAACACAUGUCACACAACUCUCGACUCGCCACCUUCUUGGACCUGGCAGAAAGCGUGCUUAGCUACUUUGAGCCUUACCUGGGUCUUAUCGAAAUCUUGGGCAGUGCGAAGCGUAUUGAGAGGGUCUACUUUGAGAUCAGUGAGUUGAGCCGAGAGCAGUGGGAAAAGCCGCAGGUUAAAGAAUCCAAGCGUCAGUUCAUCUUUGAUGUGGUGAACGAGGGCGAAGAGAGCGAAAAGAUGGAGAUGUUUGUGAACUUCUGUGAGGACACAAUUUUUGAGAUGCAGCUGGCCUCACAGAUCUCUGAACCGGACGUUGUAGAAACACCUGAAGAGGAGGAGGAAGAGGAAGCACACAGCAUCCUUGAGGAGCUUUCUGGAGGAGAAGAAGAUGCCCUGGAGUCAGCCUUGGCUUUCACCACUGCUUGUCGCUCAGUCAAUAAGAAUAUUUCAGACAUCUGGCAGAUUUUUGCUGUUAAAAACAUACGUAAGCAGUUCAAAAAAGUUAAGAAGCUGACAGUGGCGGCUGGCCAGUAG